UCAUGCUCCAUUCUGCUGCAGCUCUUGAGUCCUAACCAGGACUGUAACUAACUUUAAACUCAGUUAACAUCUGGCAGACACUCGCACCACAUUGCCAUCACACCCGAAUGUCAUCAGCCUGAUUAUGGAAGAAGAGACCCGACUCGAACCAAAGUUGCCCUCGUAGGACUAUCUGGAAACAUGGAACUACGGGGAGUUUCAAAGAACCACCGAGUUGUUCACUCUGUCCUUGGCAGAUGGUUGAUGCAGAAAGUAAAAUAGGUUAGAGAUGAACAAUUUUACUCCUGACGUGUUAAGGCAAAGUCCAUCUGCUUUAAAAAGAAGUCUCCGGUCCCGGAAAAAGUUGAAAUUGUCAGUAAAGUGCACUGAAUGGACAGUGCUUGCAGUUGAUAGCCAUGUGAGUUGAGUGCCAACAAUCUGCUGAAUCUCUCAACUCCUCUUCUGACAGGGGUUAGAGGGCCACUGAUAAACACCUCAACAUUCAGAGAGCUGUGUUCAACAGAUCAAUAAAGUCCAAUUUCAGCACUUCAAUGAUGUUUUUCACAGUUGGAUGUGUGAUAGUGAGCCACUAUAUGCAGGAUUCUUUCUGCCAAGUCGGAGACCAUAUCCUUGGGAAAGCAGAGUGGUUGGUGUUCUUCCUGCACAUGCUUCAUCUUUUACAGCAAAAUCACCCACAAUCAGAUUUUGAGGCCCAGUUCUUAGCUUUCCCUGUAUCAUUUUACUUUCUAAUUUACUCUCAGUCCUUACCCUGCUGUGUGAAGAUGAUAUGUUAUCCUGGUCAUCAGAAAGAGAUCCAGGGUCCUGCAACAGUGGUGCAAAUCUGUUCUCCAGUUGCACACUUGGUUGUUGGACAGGUUUGCUCACUGUGCAAUAAACUGGAUGAACUUCAGCUACUGGUGAGGAGACUUAUAUUCAUCUUCUGUUUUAUGUUUCACAGAGACAUGGCUGUGUGGAGCAAUACCGGACUCUGCACUGCAUUUGGCAGGCUUCCAACUCUUCAGAGCAGAUUGCGACACAGAACUUUCCAGCAAAACGAAAGGCCAACGUGCAGGACGCACAGCAUGCUCACCAACCAGAUGCUGUGUGUGGAGCGGACAAACCCGAACUCCUCAGUUAUUUCCCUCAGUGACUUCAACAAGGGAAAUCUCAGCCAUGAACUCCCCAAAUACAGACAGUUUAUUAAAUGUCCGACCAGAGAGGAAAAUAUUCUGGAUCACUGUCACACUACAUUAGGCAGUGCCUAUCACGCUGUCCCCCGCACUGCACUGGGACACUCUGACUACAUCAUGGUCCACCUGAUUCCUACAUACAGGCAAAAAUUAAAGCUCUGUAAACCUGUUGUGAGGACGUCUAAGCAGUGCACCAGUGAAGCUAUGGAGGACCUUUGGACGUGCUUGGACUGCACUGACUGGGAUAUUUUCAGGACUGCAGUCUGGAUGAGUUCACAGACGCUGUAACAUCAUACAUCAACUUCUGUGAGGACUGCUGUAUACCAUCAUGCACCAGGGUGAGUUACAACAACGACAAACCCUGGUUCACAGCUAAACUCAGACAGCUAAGGUUGGAAAAGGAAUAGGCGUUCAGGAGUGGAGACAGGGAGAAGUUUAGGGAGUCAAAGUACAGGUUUAGCAAGGUGGUGAGAGAAGCUUAACGACUGUACUCAGAGAGCCUACAACACUAGUUCUCAGCCAAUGGUUUUUGUCUGGAGGGAGCUCAGACAGAUCACCAGCUAAAAACCAAAAGCCCCCCACUCUAUUAACGACUUCUUCCUGGCCAACCAACUGAAUGAGACAAUGGGACAGUCCUGACACCAUCCCCUGUGCAGCAGGGGCCUGGGCCUCUCCACAACUAGCCACCCCAGAGGCUCACCCCUCUUCCUCCCUGAUGGGACCUCAACAGACUGUUCAGGAGGCAGAACCCCGCAAAGCAGCCGGGCCAGACUCAGUCUCUCCAUCCACCCUGGAGUACUGUGCCGAUCAGCUGUCUUCGGUGUUCACAGACAUCUUUAACACCUCACUAGAGACAUGCCAUUUUCCAGCCUGCUUCAAAUCCUCCAACAUCAUCCCCGUUUCCAAAAAAACAAGGACCACAGGACUACAGACCUGUCGCCCUGACCUCUGCGGUAAUGAAGUCUUUUGAGUGCCUUGUGUUGCCCCACCUCAAAUCCAUCACAGACCCACUCCUGGACCUUGCAGUUCACCUACAGAGCCAACAUGUCUGUAGAUGAUGCAGUAAACAUGGCCCUUCACUUCAUCCUCCAGCAUCUGGACACCUCAGGAACCUACGUCAGGAUCCUGUUUGUGGAUUUCAGCUGCGGCAACGUCGUGCAGCAGCUGAAGAAAUUCAACCUGCCAAAGACACUUCUACACCACCAUCAUUCAGUCCUCACCACCUCCAUCACCAUCUGGUACGCUGCUGCCACUGCCAAGGACAAGGGCAGACUGCAGCGUAUCAUUCACUUUGCAGAGAAGGUGAUUGGCUGCAAUCUACCUUCCCUCUAGGAACUGUACACCUCCAGGACUCUGAGACAUGCAGGAAAGACUGUGGCUGAUCACUCUCACCCUGGACACAAACUGUUUCAGACACUCCCCUCCAAGGGGAAAUCUUACACCACAAAAACAGUUUCUUUCCGUCUGCAGCUGGCUUCAUCAACAAGGCCCGGGACACCCACUGACACUGACUCUCAUACCCACCCAACCUCCCACUUAUAGUACAGCAUACUCAUACUGUAAACCUUUGCAUAUUCCCAUGUAAAUAUUUUGCACAUUGCACAUCC